GAAACUCCCAUGAACUAACAAGGAAACUCAUAUACACCUCACACACACAACCCUAUAUAUCAAACCAACUUGCUCACAUUCAAAUCGACAAUUGUUGAAGGAAUUAACUAACAUGGCAAAAAACCUACGAAGACCAUCUUCCAAAGACAAAGACAUAGUUGGGAGGUUCAACCUUAAUGGUUGCUGCAAGAAGCACCCCAAACAUCGUCAAGCACCUGGUGUUUGUUCUCUUUGUUUGAAGGAUAAGCUUUAUCAACUAUCAUCACCAGCAUCAUCUUCCUCUCAUCAAAGAGCAGCUCAUUCAGAUUCUUCUUGUUCUUCUUCUUUAUCUUCUUCGUCCUCUUCGUCUUCGGUUUCUUCUUGUGCUUCUCCCCAUCGUCCAAUGCAUCAUCAUGCUCCGGUUUCGAUCUUUCUCUUCAGUGGCAAGCAAGGUGGUGGACUCGUCAAGAGCAGGUCAAUGGCUGUUUUUCCAACAACAAGAUUAAGAGAAACUAGAAUGGAGGAAAAGAAAAGUGAUAAGAAAAAUGGGUUUUGGUUCAAGUUGCUUCAUCCUAAGAAGAGCAAGAGAAUAAUGGAGGAAAAGAAUCAUGCUAAGAUGGUUCGUGCAAGUUCUUUAAGAGAAACGCUCACCGUACGUACCUAGCUAGUUAUAGUGAUGAUAAUCACUAUGCUAAUUCAUUCAAGAUCUUCAAUUAGAGAUUUUUCAAUUUAAUUCUUUCAUUUGUUUCCACCCCUUAGUCCAUGUGGGUGGUAUACGGACUACGGUUCAUUAAUUAGUGUUACAUCUCUCAAAUUCUUUUCUACACACACAAAGCAGAAAGAAAAUGAGAUAUACAUCUCAUUAUGCAUGUGUAUUAAUCCUGUAUAUAAAUCGAUGCACAAGGUUUAGAUGAUGAAAAUUGAGGUUGUUUAAAUCA